AUGAUUUCAACAACAGAUCCAUCACAAGUGCCUGUUAACAAAAAUGUAUCGACUACGACACUUAUUACAAAAGAAAUUGAAUCUCGAAUAAAAAAGUCGCCCGAUUAUGUAUUCGAAGUAUUUUUAGAAAUUCGUGAACCAGCUAACGAAAAUGAUCAACCAGAGAUUCUUCUUAAAUAUCCACUCGAUUUUGUUGAUGAUAUGUUGAAAUCAGUAGCCAAUUUUGUUUAUCCAUGUAAAAUAUCAUUAGGCGAGCAAGAUGAACAUUAUGCAUUUGCAGUUCUUGAUAACACCGCCGUAUUAUUUCGUUUUGGAUACUGUCGACGUUCAAAUAGAGAAUCAACGUGCUUAUGUAUAUUAAGUUAUUAUCCCUGGUUUGAAACGUUUUACACAAUUUUAAAUGAUAUAUCUCAAAUAAUAAAUUAUCGAACGCAUAAUUUUGCUAUGAUGUAUUCUUGUUUGGGUUCUGAUCUCAUGUUACAAGUAUUUUCUCAUAUUUUAUUUGAACGUCGCAUGUUAUUUGUUUCAUCAAAAUUAUUUCAUUUAACAACAUGUGCAUGUGGAUGUUUACAAUUAAUUUUUCCCAUGCAUUGGCAAAGUAUAUUUGUGCCUAUAUUACCUUCUUCUAUGACUUGGCUAUGUCAAUGUACAGUACCUUACAUUAUCGGAAUUCAUACAAAUAUUUUUUCCACAUUAACUAUUAGUGAAUUAGGAGAUAUUGUCAUUGUAAAUAUUGAUGAACGAACGAUUGAAACCCAAUAUGAUGAUUUAAGUCGACUUCCAAAACAUCUUUAUCGUGGCAUGAAAAAAGGUAUUCAACGUUCGGAAAAAUUACCCGGUGAUAGUUUAGCAAAAGUAUUUUUACGAGCAAUGGCUUUUACUGUUGGCAGUUACUCCAAUGGUUUCAUUUUUAAAGACGAUAAAUUAGAUUUUGAUCGUGAUCAAUAUCUUCGACAAUAUGAAAAUACACCUAUACACGAAUAUAUGUCAGCUGUAUCACAUACACAAAUGUUUGAACAGUUUUCAAGGUAUCGUACAGAUUCAUUGAUUACAUCGUUUGAUGAUGAAUUUGAUCUUGAAGUUAAAAAUGUACAACAAAUACAACAAAGCAAAAAAAUAAAAGCUAAUAAGAAGUUUCAUAGAAUUCUCGAAAAAGCAAAUCCUAUUAUUGAACAAGUUCAAAAUCGUGCGGAAAAAUUGGGAACAGUGAUUAAUCGAGCGGGUCAACGCGUCAUAAUUGAGGCAUCAACACCUAGUAUAUCUGAACUUCAUGAUGAAAAAUCGAUUCCAUAUGAAAGAUUUUCAACAGGAAAUGUUAAUUUUGGUGCCACAUAUACCUCAGUACACAACCCACCCUCUUCCACGUCCGAUUCAUCUGAAGUGUCGUCGCCAGAAUUAACAAGAAAAGAAGAGAGCCUAAUCCUGAUUGAUACUGAACCAGAUACUCUCUCAACAAAUCCUAUUACCACUGUCUUUAAUCCCCUGCUACCUUCACCAGUGACAUCAAAUGCAAUUAAUCCGGCAAAUAAUCAAACGCAACAACAAGAUAUGAUUCGUCCCAUCGUUCAUGAUAAUAUAAAACAAUUACAAAUAGAAUUAAAACAUAAAAUGCAAAAUUUUGAUGGAAAACGAAUUGAUCCCAAAGAGGAAUAUGCGUCAAAAGAGGCAAAUUUAAUUAAAAAACUUGUUCGACAGUUUGAUCCAUUAGAUGAAAUGUCAUCGAGUUAUACGACAAAAAUGACUGAAAAUAAUUUAACAACAGCGCCCUAUUUUAGAAAAAAUGUGGAUUUUCUUUCUGAUCCUUCAAUUCCUGUUAUGUUUCAUAAUGAACUUAAGCCAAUCACCACUACAUCUGCAUUUCGUCAUCCUAGUACCUAUGAUAUUCCAUCGAAUCGUGUUAAUCAUAUUUUACAAAAUAUUCAGUCCUCUUACGGACCUAAUCCUUUAUCAACAGUCAGAACUGCGCCUCCAUCUCUAUCACCCUAUAUGGGAUAUCCAUCUUUACCACAAAAUCCGAGUACGAUGAAUUUUCCCCCUCAUUAUCCUUCCGUUCAACCCUAUAUGUUCCAACAACAACAAAUAUUUUCUGAAAUACAAUCACCACCACCUGAUCCAUUGUUAUCUACUUCAAGAAAAGCUGUAAAUAGUAUAGACACACAGUCACUUAUUAAUUCAGAUAUUCUAUUUGAUCCAUUGCAACAACAACAACAACAAAAAGAAAGAUUAUAUCCAGUUGUUCCAUCAUCAACUUCUCUCGAAUCACGUACACGUUCUCAUCAAACAAAUUUGAAUUCCACAACAAAUUUGAUCGAUUUUUAA